AUGUCCAAGUCAGUCGAGGAAUUUUCAGCCAAGCGCAUCGUCUUCGAGACAUCCGUACCCGUGGACGAGAUAGUCGCGCGUCUCGACAAGGAGCUCAACAGCGAUAAGGCUGGUCCCCAGCUCUUCGAAAUUCUUAAGGAAGUGAAGAAUAGAGAGGAACUGGAACGGGGUUUCCAGGAAGUCAGCGGAGGAAAGGACUUCGUUCUCUUUGGGAAGUCUCCGUUCCACGUGUGGCGAAAUGCAUACUUUGGGACCACCGAUGGUCUGAAGACAUACCAAUAUUCGUUGGGAAAUCCCACUAUGGCGCAACCGAUGCUGCAGCUGGAGCUGUACACGACGCUGCACGUCCCGCCGCGCAUGCUAGUCGUCGAAAAGGCAGACAGGAGCGGAACGGAGAUCGUGUACAUGCAGCCCUCGACUCUCUUCGCUGCCCCAAGGAACGGCAAAGUGGACGAAAAGUUGCACGCUAUGGCAGAGAAGGUUGACGACAAGAUAGAGAGUCUGGUCCGGAGAGUGAUUGGUGCUUGA